UAGUUCCCGUGAUAAUAGCAGGUGCGCGCUGACAGGAAGUGUCCGCCAUUUUGUUUGGCAAAACACACAAUCGAUAGCGCUAUCUACAUUUACAUCUAUAUCAGAUUAAUUUUCGUCAAUUGUCGUCUUUCUAGAAAAAUACUGACUAAGAAGAAAUUAUUGAAUGCUUAAAUGGCAGAUAAGCAUUCAUUAAACUCGUACAAGGAUCGCCUAGAAGCGAAGGAAAGGACAAGAUACGAGGAAAAAAUAUCCUUGAUAGGCGGAAGAGAUCCGUACGCUUUGAGUAAGGGCGAUCUCGUCAGUGACAAUAAAUGUCUGCCAUCAGUCACAUACAUUGACAUUGUGAAUUAUUUGAUUAACACUAAAAGUGCAUAUACAUUUGAGCAGCUGAAAGCGUACAAAUCUAUGGAAGCAAUCAACCAGUUGAGCUGUGGUUGGGUUCGUGACGUACAGAGCAUGACUGUAAAUGACAAUGUUUUGGUGACUGCAAAGGUUCGACACUCCCAGCAGAUGAACGCAACACCACUUCAUCCUUGGGUCAUCGCCAAUAAAGACGGUAUGGUAGAGGCAGCACAUUGCGACUGCAAAGCUGGUCUUGGGGAGACUUGUAGCCAUGUCGGAGCCUUGCUUUUCCACAUAGAGGCUAUACAUCGCCUCAUGUCCCGCAGAACUGUGACACAGGAAAAGGCUUACUGGUCCAUGCCUUCAGCAGUCGACAAGGUGCCCUAUGCUGAAAUUCGGGAUAUCGAUUUCACUUCUGUGUCAACCAAGAAAAGGCGUCUUGACAGAGUUAUUAAUGGUGAGGACGUUCAACAAGAGCGACAACCUUUGAAAUUGCCAUAUGUACCUGAACCGACCGCACUAGAAAGGUGGGAGUUGUUGCGAGAUUUGCAUGCCUCAAACGCACGUUCCUCAGUUCUAACUGUGUCGUCUGGAUUCCAGGAUGAAUUUAUUCCGCACAUUCUUCAAGAUGGAAAUCUUCCUCAGCCCCUUGUGGAUCUACGGGAUGACAAGUAUUUAGAUAUGUCCCCGGAAGCUCUUAGAGCGUACUGUAUUGAGCUCAGUAAAACUUUAACAGUGACGGAAGAGCAGGCAAUAAAUGUCGAAAGGCUCACUCGAGACCAGAGCAAAUGUAAGGAGUGGUUUCGCUUUCGGUUAGGAAGAAUAACCGCUUCCAUCAUGAAAUCUGUGUGUACAACAAGCAGCGAGAAUCCUGCCUUAUCAACUGUAUUGGCUGUAUGCAGUACCAAGCGCUUCAGAUCAAAAGCCACUGACUAUGGGAUUAAACAGGAAAACAUUGCUCUGAAGGAAUAUGAAAAACGAAUGAGGGCAGAACAUGAGAACUUUACCAUAACAAGAUGUGGACUGUGUAUCAACUCAGAGUACCCUUACAUUGGUGCAAGCCCGGAUGGUUUUGUGAAAUGUGAUUGCUGUGGUGAAGGUCUGGUUGAAAUAAAGUGCCCUUUUACUGCAAAGGACCAUGGCCUUGAUAAUAUUCUAUAUCUAUGUGAUGGCAAGCUUAAGGACAAUCACAAAUACGCGUACCAAAUACAAGUUUUUGUUGAGGAUGACCAUGGCAUUGAUAUUUCUGAAAACAUCUCGGAAGCAGACCAGACGUAA